CAUCAAAUCGCCAAAGUGAAGUAAAUUCAUAAUUUUCGAAACACCAACUUUUGUCGUGACAUGCAUGGUUAAUAUUUGCCGACGUUCACAAAUCACGAUAUCUCCUCCGUUCAUCAGCACCGCACACGCAGUCUCGAGUUCCAAAACGAGGGUCUCUCUUUCGUCUUUGGUUCGCUAUAAUAUGAGUAGAGCCACCAAUGUCCCCCAUUCACCGUGCCGUACCAUUCACGGAGACAUCUCUCGUUUUUCUUGUCUCUGCUCUCAAAGUAUUUAACCAAAAAAACCAGCUGCGGCAUAUCGAUCAUCAAGAACCAUGAAGAGGCGAAGAGUGAAGGGCGCGGGAGCUCCCAACAAGCCCGCUAGAUCGUCGUCAUCAGACAAAGAAGGCGCUCGAGCUCAGGGAUUUGCAGGAGCUGACGCGGCGGCUACGGAGGCCAAGGAGGAGGAGGGCGGCAAGAAGGCAGGAACGAGAGGGGAAGGGGUGGCGGGAGGAGGAGGAGGUGCGGCGGUGGCGGCGGCAGCGGCGGAGAAGAUGGAGGGGUGGGAGGAGUGGCCGCCAUGGUGGACGACGUGGGAGGUGGUGGACGAACAAGCGAUGUCGUUCGGGUCAGUUUGGUCGCCGUUCUGGGACGGGGAGUUCAUGGGCGACGAAGCUUACAACGCGCUCUUCGGCGAUGUCGCGUGGGACGACGACCUCUGGAACUUGAAGGAUUUGGAGAAACCAAAGGGUUGAGAGAGUUUUCAGUGGUUGAGCAUAUUGGGGUUAGUUUGAGCAUGAAUCUUCAGUCGGAGUUACGAACGUUAAUCAAGAAAUACUGGGAAUUCCCCGCUUCGUCUUCUCCAGUCCCUUUUCUUUGAUCUUUUCUCGAGUUAAACAAUGAAAGGUUACGAACUAUC